CCAUGCAUAUGUGCGACAGUUGUUUUCUACGCAGUUCGUGGUGAUGUCGUUCUGAUGGAAAUUUCCACUUGUUCAGCUCAUCUGUGUUAUGUAUUUGGAUAUAUACAUAUAGUAGACAUUGAAGUAAUCGAAGAACAGGGACAUUGCAGAUAGCACAAGUGAAAGGGAAAGCUAGGCGGAUUGCGUCAAGGUUUCUUGGCAGACUUGCUAACGGAUAGCUUUUCCACGGCCGUGUGUUCAAAGUUAGCUAGCUUGCUGCUAGCUAUCGCGCUGUGUCCAAACAUCGCAGUGUUUUAUUUUCUCCCUCUGCUUGUUGUACAGAUAGCUUAACUGUAGUGACAGCAGUAAGUUAUAACUUGGCUGACAUGGAGUACCAUGGUGCCGGAUCUGGCGCGGUCUUGGUCGGCGGCAGCAAUGUCCCUGCCUUUCUUACAAAACUUUGGACGUUGGUUGAAGAUCCUGAAACCGACCCCCUGAUAUGCUGGAGUCCAAGUGGAACCAGCUUUCACGUUUUUGAUCAAGGCCGCUUCUCCAAAGAGGUGCUUCCCAAGUACUUCAAGCACAACAACAUGGCUAGCUUUGUGCGCCAGCUCAACAUGUAUGGGUUCCGAAAGGUUGUUCACAUUGAGCAGGGAGGCUUGGUGAAGCCGGAAAAGGAUGACACUGAAUUCCAGCAUCCCUAUUUUGUACGCGGACAAGAACACCUAUUGGAAAACAUAAAACGGAAAGUUACAAAUGUGUCAAACAUUAAACAGGAGGACGUGAGGCUGAGUACGGAUGAGAUCAGCAAGGUGCUGACGGACGUGCAGCUGAUGCGGGGGAGGCAGGAGAGCAUGGACGGCAAGCUCAGCGCCAUGAAACAGGAGAACGAGGCCCUCUGGAGAGAGGUAGCGAGUCUGAGACAGAAGCAUGCGCAGCAGCAGAAAGUCGUCAAUAAGCUCAUCCAGUUCCUCAUCACGCUGGUGCAGUCCAACAGAGUGAUCGGGAUGAAACGAAAGAUGCCGCUGAUGUUGAAUGACAGCACCUCGGCCCAUUCCCUGCCCAAGUACACGAGGCAGUACUCCCUAGAGCCCUCCCCGGCCAUGUCGGCCUCCUCUACCGGAUUCGCCGCCUCCAACCUCUUCCCCUCCGACAGCCCAGUGAAGACGGGCCCGAUCAUCUCUGACAUCACCGACUUGGCCCAGACCAGCCCCGUUACCACAGAAUGGAUUGACGACAGCGAGAGGACCAGCCCUCUGGUGCACAUCAAGGAGGAGCCCUCCAGCCCCACCACCACCCACGAGUCGGAGGUGGAGGAGAUGUGCCCCGUGGAGGUGGAGGUGCUGCCCCAGGACACGCCGCUCUCGCCCACCACCUUCAUCAACGCCAUCCUGCAGGAGAGCGAGCCGCCCACACCAGCGCCAGCCACUGCCAACCCUCCAGGAGCUGCUGCUGCAACAGCUGCCGCUGCCGCUGCUGCAGCCACCACGGCCACCGCCCCGCUGCAGGUCCCCGUCACCCCUACCCUCAGCCAGUCCCUCAACCGGAUAGACCCCAGGUGCCUCAGCCUCGCCUGCAUCGACAGCGCUCCACAGAUGUCUGAGGUCUAUCACCUUUUCCCCAACCCCAACUCCUCGUCUCUGCACUCACGGCUCCUUCCAGGGACCGAACUCAGUGACCACCUAGACAGCAUUGACAACGGCUUGGAGAAUCUUCAGUCCAUCCUCAAUGCUCAAUCCAUCAACUUUGACUCCUCGCCCAUUUACGAUAUCCUCAGCUCCUCUGCCAUAAACCCAGACUUCGACUUGGACAGUUUGACCACCAUCCAGGAACUGCUGUCCGACACCCCCAAGGAGCCUGAGUCGAGCAACAACGCUGCUAACACAGGCAAGCAGCUGGUCCAGUACACUGCCCAGCCCUUGCUGCUGAGCGACCCGGUCAGCGCUGACGUAGCAGGGGCAGGAGAGGACCUUCCCAUCCUGCUGGAGCUCGAAAGGGACAAUUACUUUGGUCAGGACCCCAGCGAAGACCCCACCAUCUCCCUCCUCUCCAGUGACUUCCACACAGCUAGACCGGGCGACCCCAAAUUCUCCUAAGAACUAUACUUAAAACUUUUUUUUUUUUUUUUUUGUAAAGGGAUGUACUACAGUGUUUGUUCUUUUUUCCCCUCUUUUUCUUUCAUUUUUUUCCCCGCUCCCCUCCUUACUUCUAGUGUUUGGGUUUUUAUUGUAUCAGUUCUUAUUGUUGUAAUACCCAAGUGUUUUUUUCUGCACUAUUUGUCUCUCGCAGACGGCUCUUUAGUCCAAAAAAACAAGUAUAUCGAAGUAUAUCAUAGAUACUUCUAGGUGGUUGUUGUUUGCUUCACUGCUGUGAAAGCUGUUGUAAACAGGCCAAUACAGUUCUAUCAUGUUGUUGGCCUUGGAGCAAGAAAACGGGCCUCAAGAUGGUCCAGAGAAGAUAGAAAAUACAAGCUACAGAUAAUCAUUAGGUCAGGUGUUUAUGAUUGUUAUUUAAUGAACACGCUGUGUGUUUUUCUUUUCUUUUUCUUUUCUCCCUAAAGCGAUGCUUUGUUCAUGCUGUCCUCAACUUGCACAUAGAGGAAACUAACGCGACAGUCUCAAGGAAUGAAUAUGGGUAGCCAUUUAAUUCUAACAGUCAAUGGGCUUGUUCAGGAUUGGUUGGCCAACUAGUGACUGGCUUAAACCUGGCUUUCCGUGUCGUUUUUGGACUACACCACACCCAUCUAUGGGAUGGUCGGAUGAUAUCGUCCAAAGCAGUGGGCCUUUUUUAUGAUUGUGCAAAAUCGAUCAAAUCAAUGCAGCGCACAUGCAUUCUGCAAGUGAUCUCUAAAAGUCCUCUGUAUACAAUGACUCUUAUACUUACUGUCAAGAUCUGAUCCAUCCCAAACGCGGCCAAGGUACAUGUAACCAUUUUAAGUUCAGGCUACAUUGCUGUAGGCUAGCCAGUAGCCAGCCAAGUAAUUUCAGAGAAGGCCACGCAAGGCCAGUCUAGUCCAGUCGAAGGCCAAGCCCCAGGUCCAGGCUGAAUCCAAUCCUGGGGUGGAUUCCCCAAAGCCAUAGUUGCUAACAAUGUUAGCUACUUUGUUGUUUGCGAUGCAAUUUGCCAUUGGCAACUACCCAAGUUGCUAACAGGCUAACAACUAUGCUUUUGAGAAAUGCACCCCUGGUGAACAUGUAUUUUUUUUGCUGAGAAUGCACCUGAGCUGUCCUGGUUGCUAUGAUCACUCGUUUUACUCACUUGUUGGUAGCGCUACUCUGUUAGGCAAGAGAUUGUUGUGCUAUACAAGAAUACCGUUAUCGUUUUCUUUGUUUUUAUCCGUUUGUUGAUUUUUUUUUUUUCUUCCUUUGCCUUUUUAUUCACGAUGGGUAACUCAUCAACUCAGUUCACUGUCAUAGAGCUUGAAUUUCCAGACUGUUUUAGCCUAUUUAGAUUGUAUGGGAAUGCUGUUUUUCAUCUUUUUUGUGUUAUAUCUAAAAUUUAGCAGGAGAGUAAAGCAAAUUGUCAAAAAAUCUAUUGGUUUGUACAGAUUAUGCAGUUCAAUCGCUGUCAGAACUUGUCCAGAUUUCAACUUUUAUAGAAACAGUUAUCACCGGUCAUAUUGAACUACUUACACUUUUUGCCCCAUGUCCCCUCGCACACACACCCUUCUCUAUAUAUUCUGCAGUCCUAUUUAUUUUGAGUAAUAUAAUGAAGCAAAAAAAUGUAAUAAUAUUGUUUUUUAUGAGUAUGCCCCGUGCUGAGAUAAAGCUAUGAUGAUGAUGACGACUAUUUAGAGGUCUACUUUAGAAAGAGUUUUUGUAAGAUGAUAAAUGAUCCGUCUGCCUUUGUUAGCGAAAGUAUUAACAAAUUGUAUACAUAGCCAAAAGAGAUGCUGUGAACCAGAGUUUGAUGUACGCAAGAGCCAACUGUGGCUAGCUGUCUCUUCAGUGCAUUGAUGGAAACCUCAGGGGCACAAGUCAAACUACUUCCUCCCGCCCUUUCCUCUUCUUGUAGGGAGCGUUCCAAUAUGCGACCUUGCAUCCUCCACUUGUGCUUGUUGCCUCAUACCAGGAAGUAAUAUGUUAUGAUGACAUCACUGACAACAGCAUUAUAUUUCAAUAUCUCACAAAAGUUCAAUUGUAAAGUAAUUUUCUCAUUUGCAAACUGGAUGGUGAAUGUAGAAAAGUACCCCAAAAAUUGUUUUGGCUAUGCUGAGAGCGGGGAAACUUAAUUGUUUUCUCCACGUAGGCGGAGGCCACAAGCACAAGUGGAGGACGCAAGGUUGCAUAUUGGAACGCACCCCUUGCCUCGGUGUCGGCAUGGGCGGUGGCCUUUCCUCAUUGAACAUCCCAUUUGUAAAUUGGAUAAUGACCUUCAAAUUAUGCUUUCGCAAAAUGUAGAAGGCAACAUUGAUAAUCAAUGACAUCAAGUAUUGCGCCACAAGGUCACAAGCAACAGGAAAGGAUGCAAGGAAGCAGAUUGAUUUGUGCGCCAGGGUAGGCGUAAAAAAAGCUUGAUAUAUCACAUCUACUCAGUGCGUUAUCUGUGUGGAUAUGGGUAUUGGUUUUGCCGUAACAAUACGACUUUUACAAAAUAAAGUUCUCUCCUCAUGUUUAUCUUUUGCGAAGCUUUGAUUGUGCAUCAUCAUCAAUAUCAUAGGAUGAAAUGUAAAAAUUAAAGCAUCCAUGUUGUCUCAGACAUACAGAUGGAAA